CCAGUGCGAUCAGCUAGCGUUUUGAAGGGUUGUUUAUUUGACUUUAGGGAGAUAACCUAAAUUUUAUCUAAACUUUUAGGCAUAUAUAAGAAAGUGAAAUUUCAGAGGUGAGAAAAAGCUGUUCAAGAUGGUUCCUGCGACUACAGUUUUAUGCUCUGUUCUGCUCCUGUUGCCACUUUCAGAAUGUCUACCAAGAAUUCUUGUUGGGUUAUCUAGUUGUCCCGCAGAAGCAAAAGAACCAUGGAGUUACGGUGGAAAAAAUGGUCCAUCAUUUUGGGGAGAGAAAUAUCCUAUUUGUUAUGGUAGGAAGCAAUCUCCUGUUGCUAUAUACAGCGAAAGUGCUGUACCCGAUGAGACCCUGAAAAAGCUUGCUUUGGAAAACUAUAAUGUUCCCGUGACUUCGGCUAAAGUAGAAAAUAAUGGGCAUACAGUGCAACUAACACCGACGGAUAACAAAGAUCGCAUAAUAAAUAUAGGAGGCACAACAUACAGAUUAGCACAGCUACACUUCCACUGGGGAGACGUAUAUUAUCGAGGAUCAGAACAUACUUUGGAUGGUGUACAGUAUGCGAUGGAGAUGCAUUUAGUCCACAUGAGUCAAGACGAGGAAAUUGCGGUUGUUGGAGUCUUCCUUAAAGAAGAUAUGAACGACAAUGAAGAUUUGAAUCCAAUCGUCAGGUUACUGCCAGAACUCCUUUAUAAAGACACAAGUACCAAACUAAAAUCAGAACUUAACUUGAAUGGUCUGGUGCCUCAAAACCCAGUCUCAUAUUAUCGGUAUCAAGGUUCGCUAACGACUCCACCUUGCAAUGAAGGAGUCACGUGGUCUGUUGCAAAGCAAAUAAUCCCCGUUGGAAGAAGUCAAAUGGCUGUAUUUCGUAAGAUUUAUUCUGUGAAGCAAGAAGACGCAAAACCAGGAUGCAAAAUGAGUAAUAACUAUAGACCUAUACAGCCAUUGAAUGAUCGUCAAAUAUACUCGUCUGAGUAAUAGUUGCAUAUUAUUUUUCCCAAGGAAAUAUGAGCAAUUGAAUAACAUACAAAUAUGUUCUUUUAGAAUAACGAGCAUAGUAUUGAUUGUCAUUGUUUUAAAUUAUUAGUUCUACGAAUUCAGUCUUUAUAAAGUUGGUUAAUUUUAAAAUCAGAAGAAUUUAUUCAUUACAAGAAGAAUUAUUUACAGCACUAUUUAAUUAUUUUAUUGUAUUUGAUCCCAUCAUAUUUAUUUGUCUCACCAGCAAGGAUAAAAAGAAUUAAGAUUAUAAAAAUUCUUUUCGCUAAUGGCUGAAACUUCACUUAAAAUAUCGCAUACUUACUAAACACUGUUAUGUUUGUAAACUAUUUCAUGCUGAUAGCAUUUAUUUCCUUUGCUUUUUAGCAAAUGUUUAGAGAACGGUGCUUCAUUUUUAAUAUAUUUAUGGAGAGAUGUUUAAAAGUUAUUUUCAGGAAUCCCCGUUUUAAUCGAUAAGCUACGGACUUGAAAAAGAAUAAUGCUCUGAAUUUUAAAUUGAAACAUUGUUUUGAAUAAAUGUACCAUAUGUAGUUUCAAUAAACUGUUUUCUGAUAUUA